AUGGCUUCAUCUCAAGAUGAAGACGGAUCGAGUCACGGCAAGAACAAAAGUGUGUCGAUUGAGGAACUUAGUCAUGAUUUUAUUAGUGAACAAAUCGGAAAAGCUUUGGAGAACUUCUCUCCCUUUAUCGUUAAAAAGUUAAACGAGACCCUUGAGGGCGCAAUGAGUGAUUCGAUUGCGAUCAAGAUAAGAGAAGAAGUUACAUCCGCGGUACAAGAGGAGUUUGAUAAACGAUUUCCGAAGGAAAAAGUACCGGAAAAUCAAGACGCUGAGGAACGUCCGAGGCCUAAGAAUAAGAAGCCUUAUGAUCUUAAGAGCUUCACCAUUGCUAACCCGCCCAAAUACAAUGGGGAUCCUGACCCGAUUGUGAGCACAAGGGCUAAGCUAUGGUGGGAUGGAGAGAUUGUUAAAAGGGGUGAGGAUGCAACGGUGGGUAUGGAAUGGGCUGAUUUCAAAGUGGCCUUCUUUAAAGAAUUUCGAUCAGAAGCCGAUGUGACUAGGCUUAGAAGCGAGUUUAUGAAUGACUCGCAAGGCACUUUGAAUGUAAACGAGUUUCGGGUACAAUUUCUGGACAAAGCUCAAUUUUGUCCGGAAUAUUUGAAAGACGAUCGGUUGUUAAAGGAGCAUUUUUAUCGCAAACUUCGCAAGAGCAUUCGUGAGAGGAUUACAUUACUUCAAAUCGAAUCGUUUACACAAUUGGUUGAUGUGGCUAGGUGGCAUGAGGUUGAGCAAGGUAUGCCGGAUGAUGAGACCUCCAAGAGAAAGACGGAACAAAGUAACUCUCCAAACAAGAAGUUCCGGUCUAGUGGUAGUUCGGGGGGUGGUUCGAAUAGGAAGAACAUUCCCACUUUCAACAAUUGUGGGAAACAUCAUUCCGGAGUUUGUUUAUUACCGUCUAAGAAAGGAUGCUUCAAUUGUGGCCAACCGGGUCACAUUAGCCGAGAUUGUAAAUUCUCUCCAAACAAACCUACCGUGUGUUUCAAAUGCUUUGACGAGGGACACAUGAAGAGUGCUUGCCCAUUGUUAACGGAGGAGGAAAGGCAAGCCGAAAUAAGAAAGGUUAAUGAAAGAAAAUUUGCGAAACAAGGGGGGAAUCCGAGGGGAAGAUCGUUCCAAAUCACGGUAGCUCAAGCCAAAGAGUCCACCGAUGUCGUGUCAGGUACCUUUCUAGUCCAUGACACCCCCGCUAAGAUUUUAUUUGAUUCCGGAGCAAAUCGUUCUUUUGUUGCUACUCGAUUCACUAAAUGCAUUCCUUUACAAUUGUCUUUUCUUGAACCUCCUUUAUUGGUUGAAGUAGCGGGUGAUCAAACUUACAUGAUUAAGAAUGUGUAUCUAGGUUGUAGUCUAACCAUCAAUUUCGAAAUUUUCAAAGCUAAUCUUAUUCCUAUGGGUUUGGGAGAAUUUGAUGUGAUUUUGGGUAUGGACUGGCUUGGCCAGCAUAAGGCAAAUAUUUGUUGUACCGACAAAAGUGUUCACCUAAAAACUCCUAACGGUAGGGAUAUGGUCAUUUACGGUGAAAGAAAUCAAGACCCAUUGCCUUUAUGCACCUUUGCUCGAGCCCGCCGACUUAUCUCUCGAGGGUGCAAAGCUUUUCUAGCUCAUGUUGUUGAUUCCAAUAAGGAAUCUAAAUCAAUGUCUGAAAUUCCUAUCGUGAAUGAGUUUGUAGAUGUUUUCCCCGAUGAUUUAUCAGGUCUUCUUCCCGAAAGACAAAUUGAUUUCAAAAUUGACCUCAUUCCGGGUGCUACACCUAUUGCCAAGGCUCCUUAUCGCCUCGCUCCAACUGAGAUGCGAGAAAUGAUGGAUCAAAUCCAAGAACUACUUGAUAAGGGUUUCAUUCGCCCAAGUAGUUCACCAUGGGGUGCUCCUGUCUUGUUUGUUAAGAAGAAGGACGGUAGUUUACGGAUGUGCAUUGAUUAUCGUGAACUCAAUAAGAUUGAUCUUCGAUCAGGGUACCAUCAACUUAAAAUUUGUGAAGAAGAUAUCCCAAAAACCGCAUUUAGGACUCGAUAUGGUCAUUAUGAAUUCAUGGUCAUGCCUUUUGGGUUGACUAAUGCUCUGGCGGCCUUCAUGGAUCUUAUGAAUCGUGUAUGUCGUCCUUUCCUUGAUAAAUCCGUUAUCGUUUUUAUUGACGACAUUUUGAUCUAUUCGAAGUGUCCAUCCGAUCAUGAGAAACAUCUUCGUGAAGUCCUGGAGACCCUUCGCCAUAAGAAGCUUUUUGCUAAAUUCUCGAAAUGUGAAUUUUGGUUGCGGGAAGUGCAAUUUCUCGGUCAUGUUGUUAAUCAAGAUGGAAUUAAAGUCAAUCCGUCGAAAUAA